GUCAAUGUUACCUGAUUUAAUGAAGCCCGAAACGGCCUAACGUUUCUUUCAAAAAAAUAAAUAAAAGGAAACGGCAGCACGAGCGGUCACUGACGUGUGGGCCACCACAGCCAUGUCGCCACGCCUCGCCGCCGCACCUCCUCUCCUCGCCCCGCCGGCGGCCGCCGCCGCACGGGAGCUCGCCGUCCCCCGACCCCGGACCCUACUCCCCGGGGCCUCCGUCGCCUUCUCCUCCCCGUCAAGUCGCCGCGGCGCGCUGGCAUGCCUCGUGCGCCUCAUGGGCUCGCGCCACUCCUCCGCCGCGGCGGCGGCGGCGGAGGCGGUGGAGGAGGCGCGACGCGGGCGGAAGCAGCUGGGGAUGACGCCGCCGCUCUACGACUACCUCCUGGCCAACGUCCGCGAGCACCCCGUUCUCCGGGAGCUCCGCGAGGAGACGGCCGCCAUGAGGGGGAGCCAGAUGCAGGUUUCUCCAGCGCAGGCUCAGCUAUUAGCGAUGCUGGUUCAGAUUCAAGGGGCACAGCGCUGCAUUGAAGUCGGUGUCUUUACUGGGUAUUCAUCAUUAGCUGUAGCACUAGCACUUCCUGAAUCUGGUCACUUGGUUGCUUGUGAAAGGGAUAAAAGAUGUCUAGAAGUUGCCAAGAAAUACUAUCAGCGUGCUGGUGUUGCACACAAGAUUGAUGUGAAACAUGCUUUGGCUGCGGAUUCUCUAAGAUCAUUGCUUGAUUGUGGUGAAGCUUCGAGUUAUGAUUUUGCAUUUGUUGAUGCUGAUAAGAGAAUGUACGAGGAGUAUUUUGAGCUUCUACUAAAACUUGUAAGAGUUGGUGGUUUAAUUGUAAUGGACAAUGUCCUUUGGUAUGGACGGGUUGCUGAUCCUUUGGUUGAUGACCAAAAGACAAUCAGUAUAAGGAACUUCAAUAAGAAAGUUCUGGAGGAUAUGCGUGUUGAUAUCAGCAUGGUCUCUUUCUCCCUCCAGUUGUGCCUAUUGGGGAUGGGAUGACAAUUUGCCGGAAGCUAGUAGAUACUUGACUCAACAAUUUAUUAUGUUGAUGUUGUAAACUUCUUACCAAUGACCAAUGUCAAGCUCAGAAAUAUCAAGUUGGCACUGAUCUUAUCCACAAAUGCAUCUUGUGGGUUGUGGCCUGCCACCAAAAGUUACUUACCAUCACGGAGGAAACAGCCGAUGCAAUGGAUGUCUGUGUGCACUGAAGAACAGCAACAUUGGCAUGGCUAUUUUCCUGAAUGGACUUUAAGGUGCAGCUCUGAAGCUUAACCCGAGGCGAGUGUCUCCCAAGAUGGUUGUAGACUCAAGCACGUAUUACUAUGCUAUUUCGUUGAUGGACCACAGUUUUGAUAUGGUGCCUGCCUUCUGGAGGACAAGCCAAUGAAUCGCAUAUCUGUUACUUGCACGCAGAUGGCAUGUACUUUUACAUGUAAUAGCGUACUAAUCCACUGAAUUUUUACCAGUAGUAUCCCAAAAGUUUCCUUAGGAGGAAUUACUGCAUGAAUGGAUAGGAGACAUUUGAAUGACAUGUUUAGGCAAGUGACAUUUGUUAUGUGUCAACGGAAUGGCCGGCACCAAUUGUCCAGA